UCUGAACUAGCACUCAUUUACAACGAUCGUGGAGUUCUAGAAAAUCAUCAUGUUAGUGCAGUAUUCCGACUGAUUCAAGAUCCUGAAUUCGAUAUAUUCACUGGAUUGGAUAAGGAUCAAUACAAAGAAUUUCGCCAGUUGGUUAUUGAUAUGGUUCUGUGUACAGACAUGUCACUGCAUUUCCAACAGAUCAAAAACAUGAAGAGUAUGAUUGCAAUGCCCGAGAAAAAUACCGUUGUGGUACCGCAAUCGCAGAUUGGUUUUAUCGACUUUAUUGUGGAGCCUAGCUUCCAAGUGCUGGGUGACAUGAUCGAACGCAUCGUCUCCCCGAAAACCAACCCAGCGGAUGGUAGUCCGGAGGACGAAACCAAAGCCGACGCAAAGGUCCCAGAAAAAUCGGAACCUCCAAAUGUGCCACGACCUUGGGUUAAUUGUUUCAAGGAGAACAAAGAAGCAUGGGCCACUUUGGCGUCCGAAACCAAACCUCGAUCGUAA